CAGAAGAGUGCUCCGCGAUAUACAGAUCAAUAUAUUGAUUACUACCUGGACACAAGAAAACUCCGCUCGCAAAUAGUGACAAAGCUGACGAACCCGUGGUCCUUAAGCAUAACGCAGAAGAAAGAUAAAGCUCUCUGUGUUUCCACCAUGUCCCCUCGUGGAUGACAGGAAUCCACACGUCAGUGCCAACUGCAAGCUCUCGUCGCUCCCGCUUUAUCGCGCUUCAUCUUCAGGUACCUUCGAGAUGUUCUCAAAAGUUGUAGUCCUACUCGGACUGGCCAGCGCCGCUCUUGGGCAGGUCACGCUCGAACCCAGCACCAUUCGGUCAGGCCGGCCCGGGCUUCCUACAUCAACAGUGACGGUGACAAAGACAGAGACCGAGACCAGGACCGAGACGGCCACCGUGACCAAGACGGAGAGCUACACCAGCCACAUCACGUCAAUCAUCACCAGUGUCAGCACCAGCAUCACGACCACCGUCAGCCCCACGACCAAGACCAACACGGUCAACGUAACGGCAACCGUCACCAAGCCGUGCAGCACCGUCAGCUGCCCAUCCCUGACAAAAACCGCGACAGCAUGCGCAACCUGCCUCUUGCCGCAGUGCACUCGGACGUCUGUGGUCACCCAGCCAUGCGGAUGCACCGCGCUGCCCACUGCCACGGUCUCGUUCCCCUGCAGCGAAGUUGGGGUGUGCAACAAGAUUGGUUGCACGACUGUGUAUGAUGUGAAGACGGCCGCUUGCUAAGCAAUAGGAAGGACGGCGCCCUUAGCGGUGAUAGCAGGGCAAUGUGAGAAAUGGUUCAGGGGCACAGUGGUCAACAGAAGCUCAGUUGUGAAUAGAUAGCCAUUCAGUGUCGAGCCCUAACUACAUAAAAAUGUUGUGUUUCUGCAGGCAUACAGCCAAUGCUGAAUAGUAACUAUUGAUAGUUGUUGUUGAUAUGAAAUUCGGAUAACUAGUUAAAUAGCUGGCAAAGACAAGUUAGCUAAGGUGCCUAGACAAUUUGAAGCACAGGGUUGAGGAUUCAAUUGUCCCAUGUCUUCGAUCG